UGAAAAAAAGUGGGAGACAUCAUAUUCUUAAUUCUAUUUAAUAGCAGAGUCCGCCUUAUCACAAACAUAUACGUGGCAUUAAGGGAGACGCAGCGACGUAAUAUAGUUGAAAAAUACACUGUUUCGGUACUGCUACUACUUCUUCUUCAGACGCAUAGGAGGAGGACGGGUUGAAGCCGAGAACUUGGAUGGCGAAGCCAGUGUCCAUCGAGGUGUGGAACCCAAAUGGGAAAUACAGAGUUGUGAGCACCAAGUCCAUGCCGGGAACCAGGUGGAUCAAUCUCCUAAUCGAGCAAGAUUGUCGCGUCGAAAUAUGUACUCAGAAGAAAACCAUCUUGUCAGUUGACGACAUCAUUGCUCUGAUCGGCGACAAGUGCGAUGGAGUGAUUGGACAAUUGACUGAAGACUGGGGAGAAACGUUGUUCUCUGCAUUGAGCCGAGCAGGAGGAACGGCUUUCAGUAACAUGGCCGUUGGAUACAACAAUGUGGAUGUCAACGCCGCCACCAAGCAUGGUGUUGCUGUUGGCAACACACCGGGAGUACUGACGGAAACGACGGCUGAGUUAGCAGCUUCUCUUUCUUUAUCAGCAGCUAGAAGAAUUGUUGAAGCAGAUGAGUUCAUGAGGGCGGGCCUAUAUGAUGGAUGGCUGCCACAUCUAUUUGUGGGUAACUUGCUCAAAGGACAGACUGUUGGUGUGAUAGGAGCUGGUCGAAUUGGUUCAGCUUAUGCUAGAAUGAUGGUUGAAGGAUUCAAAAUGAACUUAAUUUAUUAUGAUUUGUACCAAGCCACACGCCUUGAGAAGUUUGUCACAGCUUACGGUCAGUUCCUAAAAGCCAGUGGCGAACAACCUGUUACUUGGAAAAGAGCAUCGACCAUGGAAGAGGUUCUACAAGAGGCUGAUGUGAUAAGUCUUCACCCAAUCCUUGACAAAACGACUUAUCAUCUGGUAAAUAAAGAAAGGCUCUCAAAGAUGAAGAAGGAAGCAAUCCUUAUAAACUGCAGCAGGGGGCCUGUGGUUGAUGAAGUAGCUCUCGUGGAGCAUCUGAAAGAGAAUCCUAUGUUCCGGGUUGGACUUGAUGUCUUUGAGGAUGAGCCUUACAUGAAACCUGGACUUGCUGACAUGAAAAACGCCAUAGUGGUACCUCACAUUGCCUCUGCUUCCAAGUGGACUCGUGAAGGAAUGGCAACGCUGGCUGCUCUGAAUGUCCUGGGAAAGAUAAAAGGAUACCCAAUUUGGUCCGAUCCCAAUCAGGUACAACCAUUCUUGAAUGAGAAUGCUCGGCCGCCUGCUGCAUGCCCAAGCAUUGUCAAUGCAAAAGCCUUAGGCUUACCUGUUUCAAAACUGUGAGCACGGAGGAGGUCCUCCCUAUUGAUGAAUGGGGGUUUGGUGCAGAAGGAUCAGAUGUAUUACGGUGGUUUAUAGGUUCCGUUCUAUGUAUAUUUAAAGUUUGGAUUGAAUGUUUAAUCACAAAUUAUUUGCAUCUCAAACCAGCUAUUAAUUGGAUGGUACUUUGAAAAGAA